AUGGUCAGUCCCCUUGGGGAAGCUGCUUCUUGCAGCAGCGGCAGCAGCAGCAGGGGUAGCACCAUCAGCAACACCAGCAGCAGCAACAGCAGCAGCAGCAGCAGCAGCAACCAGGACAUGCAUGCUGAGGAUGCUCCUCUCCUGGUGACGAGCGGCAGCAACAGCAGCGGCAGCAACAACAGCAGCAGCAGCAAAGCCGACGAGAGCGGCGACAGCAGCAGCAGCAUCAAUGGCAGCACUAGCAGCAGCAGCAGCAGCAGCAGCAGCAGCAUCAAUGGCAGCACUAGCAGCAGCAGCAGCAGCGGGAAGGCCGGGUGGACGUUGGAGGAUUUGGGGCCCGAAGCAUAUUUGCUGGAUGCUGCCUAUACACCUCAGCGCCACACAGAAUUCACAAAGAAUAUAAAGGCAAGUUGUGCUGCUGCUGCUGCUGCUGCUCCUGCUUAUCAGUCGCUUGCUGCCCGACAGCAAAGGAGGGCGGCAGCCUCCCCUACGGUAGCAGCAGCAGCAGCAGCAGCAGCAGCAGGAACGGAAGAAUCACCAAAGCCAGCAGCAGCAGCAGCAGCAGCAGCAGAUGCCUCACCAGCAGCAGCAGCAGCACAAGAUGAUGCGUGGCUGUCAGUCUCUGAUUUUCCUUCCUUCGAUGAGAGAGAUAUAAAAAGACAGCACAGAGAUUCUGCUGCUGCUGCUGCUCCUGCUGCUGCUGCUUCUCCGCCUCCUUGGAAGCAACAGGAGCAGCAGCAGCAGCAGCAGCAGCAGCGGCAGCAGCGGCAACGCCCGCGCUGCUUCUACACGGCGCUGCACAUCGAGUUGUAUGAAUUGCUGCAUUUGCUGCGGCCCACAGCAACAGAGCAGCAGCAGCGGCUGCGAGCAGCAGCAACGCUGCAGCUAGCAGCAGCAGCAGCAUUCCCGGGUUGCUGCUGCUGCUUCUUCGGGUCGCAAGCAACAGGGCUUGCGCUUCCGGGUGCUGACCUUGAUGCUGCUCUGUGUCUCCCUUCAUCUUACUUCAGCAGCAGCAGCAGGAGCAGCAACGAUAGCAGCAGCAGCAACGACAGCAGCAGCAUCAGCAGCAACAACAACAAAAACAGCAGCAGUAACAACAACAGCAGCAGCAGCAGCGAGAGCAGCAGCAGCAGCAGCAGCAGCAGGCCGACAAUAAGCAAGGAGGAGACAGUCUGCUGCUUGGAACUCUUUGCUGUCUCUCUUCAGCUGCUUCAAGCAGCAAACAACAUUGAAGUUGUCUCCACUGCAAGAGUACCGCUGCGGCGUUACCCCGUGCUGAAGCCUCUCAUCCUCUGCAUAAAAUUGCUGCUCAAAGUUCUCAUGCCUAGCCUCUUUGCUGCUGCAGCACAACGCCAUUUGCUGCUCAGUCAUUUGCUGCUGGAGUUUCUGCACUUCUAUGGAGUCGAGUGGAAUGUUGAGGCCUGGGGCGGAUGCGUUCGUGGAGGGGGCCAUUUGUUUUUAAAGUCGGAGCAGUUAGCAGCAGCAGCAGCAGCAGCAGCAGCAGCAGGCAGAGACGGUUUGCUGCGGGGGGGCCCUCACCCCCAGCGCUUCUGCAUGGAGAGCCCCCUUGAGAGUUUGCUGACGGCUUUGUACCCAGUAUGCCACCCGAUGUUUUCUCUGAGGCCUCUAAACCCCCUCUCAGCAGCAGCAACUCAAGCGCUUCGCCUUGCUGGGUUUCCUGUUGCAGACAGCAGCAGCAGCAGCAGCAGCAGCAGCAGCAGCAGCAAACGUUGUCGGAGCAAAGAUGGGGGGCAGAGCCCCCCUGAAGGCUCUGAAAGACGCAGGCGUAGGCGGAGAAGCAGCAGCUGCAGCAGCAACAGCAUGAGCAUGAGCAGCAGCAACAGCAGCAACAGCAGCAGCGACAGCAGCGACAGCGACAGCGACAAUGAAGCAGCAGCAGCAGCAGCAGCAGGCGUUACACCUGGUGGAGAUGGGGCCCCCAGCUACACUUGGAUGUAUAUCAAUCAACAGCAGCAACAGCAGCAACAGCAGCAGCAGCAGCAGCAGCGUCAGCUGGUCUGUGCAGAAGCAGCAGCAGCAAAAGGUCUAUGCACCUGCAGCAGCAGCAGCAGCAGCAGUAAGUCUGUGGACCUGCAGCAGCAGGAGCAGGAGCAGGAGCAGCAGCAGCAGCAGCAGCAGCAGCAGCAACAGGUGUCUGCUGCAGCAGUUUUUAUUUUAGUAUCUUCUUGA